CAUCAGUGAAGAGCAACACGCUUUCACUCCUCCUCCAGCACCCCACCACACCGCUGAAGUUUCUCACCAUACACAAAUAAUGGCGAAUGUCAUAACAAAUUCCGGCCACGAUGACAUGAUUCAUGAUGCCGUACUGGACUACUAUGGCAGACGGUUAGCCACAUGCUCGUCGGACAAGACAAUCAAGAUCUUUGAGGUUGAGGGCGAGUCACACAGACUGAUUGAGACGCUGAAAGGUCAUGAGGGAGCAGUCUGGUGUGUAGCAUGGGCGCACCCAAAAUACGGCAACAUCCUCGCAUCCUCCUCCUACGACGGCAAGGUCUUCAUCUGGCGCGAACAGAACGGACAAUGGCAGAAAAUCUACGAAGUCGCCCUCCACUCCGCCUCCGUUAACCUCGUCGCCUGGGCCCCACACGAAGCUGGCUGCCUCCUCGCCUGCGCCUCCUCCGAUGGCAACGUCUCCGUCCUCGAGUUUAAAGACAACACCUGGUCGCAUCAGAUAUUCCAGGCGUGUGGAUCGGGCGUGAAUAGCGUGAGCUGGGCCCCUGCUGUUGCACCAGGCCAGAUGACGAGUGCGAGCGGGAAUGCGACGGUUGCGGCGAGAAGGUUCGUUACGGGUGGAAGUGACUGUCAAGUCAAGCUUUGGGAGUACAGUCCAGAGACAAAUUCGUACACGAAUAUUCAGAUCCUGCCGGGCCAUACGGAUUGGGUGCGCGAUGUCUCAUGGAGCCCAACGGUAUUGUCUAAGUCGUACAUUGCGUCUGCGAGCCAGGACAAGACGGUCAGGAUCUGGACAUCUUCGGACCUUAGAGAAUGGAAAUCCACAGUCUUGAACGUCGAGGCUAAUGCCUGGCGUGUGAGCUGGAGUCUUAGCGGUAAUGUCCUCGCUGUCAGUACUGGUGAUAACCGUGUCAGCCUAUGGAAGGAGAGGUUAAGUGGUGGAUGGGAGUGCGUGAAGACGAUUGAGGAGUAGGCUGCUUUAGGAGUUGUCCUCUCAUUCCUUCAAAAUAUGCACACACGGCUCGCCAAGGUAGUCUGUUAGCGCCAUUGGCUAUGGGAUGGCUAGAGUAUUGGGUAUGAUGAAUAUACCGACGACUCGGUCUAGUUAGGUCCCGGGCUAGAGGCCUUUCAUUGGACGGAUGGUGUUUAAAUCAUAGUGGGAGUCAAAUCACAGAUAUCAUG